ACUUUUGAUGUAAAGGUUGCCAAUGCAGCCUCUAUGGGAGCUGCUGGAGUACUAAUCUACGAUAAUAUUGAUGAAAACAGGCUGAAGACAAUUCAGGUGAGUUCUGAUAGUUUACCAACUGUAUUUACCUACAACUGGAAGGGUCUAGAGAUAAUAAAUCAGCUGGAUCUAGGGGUUCGUCUUUACAUCGCUUUAGAGGAGGGAUCCCACUGUAAAAUACAGGGUAAGGGUAAGGAUCUACUGUGCACUAAAGGAAAGGAUUGGAAUCCAAUUGAGAAUGUUUACAAUCAUGCAGAUCCGUUUGAUAAAAAGAAUAACAGAACUCCUGUUGAAGUUAAAACAUCAGUUAUGUUCGUCUCAUUUUCCUUCCUUAUAUUGAUCAUGAUCUCUAUGGUUUGGCUUCUUCUCUACUAUGUUCAGAGGUUUCGGUUCAUCCAUAGCAAGGAGGAGAUGGAGAGAAGGAUGGGACAGCAAGCUAAGGAAGCGUUGAACUGUGUAGCUCUCCAUGUAGUUGCAGAAGAUGAUCGAGAACGUGAAUGCUCUGUUUGCCUGGAUACUCUCAAUGUCGGCGAUGAAGUCAGAAGCCUACCCUGUGCGCAUCUGUUUCACCGCGCAUGCGUGGAUAACUGGUUGCUUUCCAAGCGCAAAUGCCCGCUGUGCAAUCUUAAUAUCGUCAGACAUUUUGGACUUCUUGGUCUCGACGACAGCCAGGACAGCCAGGACAGUCAGGACAGUGAGAGCCAGGGAGUUGUUUAUACAUCUGUCUAAUCUCAUUUACAGUGUCAGCUUCAGCUUUAAUAUCGUCAUAUAUUCGUCCAAUUGACCAUCCUUGCCAUCUUCAAUAUUACUAUAUAGAAAUAAACUUCGUAUGGAGCAUCAGUUAUUAAAGCAUGAUGAGAAAUUAGACUUUUCCCACAGAAUUUAAACUAUUUACCAAUACCCCACCCCCUUCUUAAUAAUUUUUUUGUUGGGGAGGGGGGGGGGGGUGUAAGAAUUUGGUAUCAUGAUAUAUUUUUGCAUCCGCCUAGAUUAAAUCAAUUUUACGCUCUUGAUUGCAGAAUGUAAACGCCAAGUUUGAAUAUUAAAACCAAUAAUGUUUCAAACUAAAACAAAAUAAAAACAAAAUAUAUAAUGGUUGAGUUUAAAUGGCCAGGUAAAGUCCGGACAUGCUUAUGUAUGCUUAGCGAAGUGUUAAAAAAAAAACAAUCUUUCUGAGCUUAUCAAUUUUUGCGUCUUUGAUAGUGAUCGUUUUUCAUCUCAAAUUUCAUAUUUUUAUAAAAUGUAUUUUCCAAAAGUCUAUUGAAAAAAAACAUCCAUUUUUUCGAUUUCAA